ACAUGGAAAUCCAGUGGCCUAAUUGCCAUAUGGCAUGCAUGCCUAUCUUUUCGUCCUCCACUCUCCGCCAAAUGUCUGCAACCGCCGUCGUACCUGUUUCAACUACCAUAUCCGCCGCUGCAACUUCUGCUUCCGCCUCCCACAUACUCAAAUCUCAAUCACAAUCAUCAGCUCAUUGUUUCACUUUAUGGAAGAAGAAGAAAGUCAAUUAGCGCAUACCGAUUCAACUGCAGCAUCUCUAGAUCCUUCCGGAGGAUCUCUUAUCCUUCUCCCAUCAGGAUUAGACCGCUCUCUCCUGUCAUGGAAUGGCAAGAUUGCACGAUCAAAAUGGAAGUAGAUGUGCCCAUUUCAGUUGCUUAUAAGUGUUAUUCUGAUAGCGAGGCCAUUCCUGAAUGGAUGCCUUUUAUUUCAACUGUAAAGAUUUUGGAGGAUAAGCCUAACUUAUCAAGAUGGUCAUUGAAGUAAAAAGCUUUUGGGCAGAACAUUGAACAUUCAGGGCUUGCUUGAAAUAUGCAGCCUAAGCCAAACCAGAAGAUCCACUGGUUAUCUCAGGAGGGACUUCCCCACAGGUAGUGUGCAUCCUAGUUUCGUUUUGGUUGAUUCUAAACAGAACAUAUAAUUGUGGAAGUCAUAAAGAGUUUUUUCUUCCAUCAGACCAAUAGGCCAUAGAUGAUAAAAUCAUGUUGCUUUGGUGCUAUUGGCAGAAUAUUUCUGGUCUAGUAUCUCAGUGAGGCAGUUGGCAACAACAAAAUAGCUUGA